CCCAACUGUGUCUUGUACAAGUGUUUUUUACAAAUCAUGAGCAUCCAUAUGAUCAUCAUUUACUUAGUUAUUGUGUCCAUUCCUUGCGCCAUUUCAAUAUCCUUCAACUUGACAAAUAUCGGUCCACAGAAUUUGAACCGUGAAAUAGAAGUUAAUGGAAGUUAUGUCUCUGAUGGUGGAAUCCAGGUGACCCCAAACGAGAUUGGUUCAGAUCGAAGCGAUAAAGCUGGACAAGCCAUAUACUUUAGACAGCUUCGGCUUUGGGACAGUAGUACUCGUGAGUUAGUAAGCUUUUCUACCAAUUUUACUUUUGUGAUUGAUUCAAAUGGGAAUACAAGUUAUGCUGAUGGCCUUACAUUCUUUCUUGCUGAAAAGAAUUCUGUGAUCACAAAGGGUGGAUCAAUGGGACUUCCCAUUGAUCCCAUCGCCCUUAACGCCACAAACAGAUUUGUUGCAGUGGAGUUUGAUACUUUUUAUAAUACUGGGUGGGACCCGUCUCCUCACGAUCAUGUGGGUAUCAGCAUUAGCUCACUUAAUUCUUCAAGGACUGAGCGUUGGUUUAGCAAUAUAACUGGCGGAAGAGAGUGUGAAGCUUGGAUUACAUAUGAUUCAGUUUCCAAAAAUCUUAGUGUCUCCUUCACUGGUUAUCAAAACAAUAGAGUCGUGCGUCAAGAUGGACUUUUUUACACUGUUGAUCUCAGAAAUGAGUUGCCUGAAUCGGUUAUUUUUGGUUUUUCAGCUGCAACUGGACUAUUGUUCCAGAAAAAUAACGUGAUAUCGUGGUCUUUUAAUAGUUCUGGAAUACAUAAUGUUGACCCAGUUAAAGGGAAAAAUAGCAAGGUAGGAUUAGUUAUUGGAUUAGUGGUUGGGGUUGCUUUUGCUGGUCUUUUUUUGUAUGUUUUAUGGAGGUGGAAGAAGAAAAGCAGUGAAGAUGAAGCACAAGAUGUUGGAUUUGAUGUCGAGAUGAACAACGAAUUUGAAAUAGGAACCGGGCCAAAAAGAUUUUCCUACAAUGAAUUAGCUAGAUCUACUAGUUACUUUUCUGAAAGUGAUAAGCUUGGGGAAGGAGGUUUUGGUGGGGUGUACAAAGGUUUCUUGAAAGAUUUGAGCACGUAUGUUGCAGUCAAAAAGGUUUCAAAGAGUUCCAAACAAGGUAUCAAGGAGUAUGCCUCAGAAGUCAAGAUAAUUAGCCGAUUAAGGCAUAGAAACCUAGUACAACUCAUCGGUUGGUGUCAUGAGAAAAGUGAACUCCUACUUGUUUAUGAGUACAUGGAAAACGGAAGCCUAGAUUCACAUCUUUUCAAGGCCAGGAGCUUGUUGCCAUGGGACACAAGGUAUAAAAUUGCCCAUGGUGUCGCUUCUGCUCUGCUAUAUCUACAUGAAGAAUGGGAACAAUGUGUUUUGCAUCGAGAUAUCAAAUCCAGUAAUGUGAUGUUGGAUACAAAUUUUAAUGCAAAACUAGGUGAUUUCGGGUUAGCCAAGUUGGUUGACCAUGAAAAAGGCUCUCAGACUACAAUGAUAGCUGGAACUUUUGGUUACAUGGCUCCUGAAUGUGUUGUGACCGGCAAGGCAAGUAAAGAAUCAGAUGUGUUCAGUUUUGGAGUUGUUGCGCUGGAAAUAGCAUGUGGACAAAAACCCAUUGAGUACAAGGCUGAAGAAAAGCAAAUUCGCUUAGUAGCACGGGUUUGGGAGCUCUACGGGUUGGGGACUCUCUUAGAGGCAGCUGAUCCCUGUUUAGGGUCAGAGUUUGAUGUAGAUGAAAUCCAACGAUUGAUGAUUGUUGGGUUAUGGUGCGCACAUCCUGACUCAGAAUCUCGCCCAUCAAUGAGACAAGCAAUUCAAGUACUAGACUCUGAAGCUCCCCUACCUUUACUUCCCAUAAAGAUGCCGGUGGCAUCUUACUUGUCGCCUCAAAUGUCUUCGUUAUAUGGUGUCACUUCCAUCAUCAAAAUGCAAUCAUCAAGUAGCAACUCUAACACAGAGUCAUCAAUGAAUACUAUGUCAUCAUCUUCUUCACCUUCUGUAUCAUUGUUGCAUUCAAUGGGAUGACCUUUAAGUUAUAGGUCUUCAAAUA